GUAAGCAUCGUUGAAGUUCUCUCUUCUGCAGUCGUCAUAUCUAAGUCAGAGUCUCCCAAAGAGCCGGAACAGCUACAGAAGCUCUUUAUCGGAGGUUUGAGCUUUGAAACAACAGAUGAGAGUCUGAGGAGUCAUUUUAAGCAAUGGGGAACGCUCACAGACUGUGUGGUGAUGAGAGAUCCAAACAGCAAGCGCUCCAGAGGCUUUGGGUUUGUCACAUAUGCCACUGUGGAGGAGGUGGAUGCAGCCAUGAAUGCAAGGCCACACAAGGUGGAUGGAAGAGUUGUGGAACCAAACAGGGCUGUCUCAAGAGAAGGUUCUCAAAGACCGGGUGCCCGCUUAACUGUGAAAAAGAUUUUCGUUGGUGGUAUUAAAGAAGACACUGAAGAACAUCACCUAAGAGAUUAUUUUGAACAGUGUGGGAAAGUUGAAGUGAUUGAAAUCAUGACUGACUGAGGCAGUGGCAAAAAGAGAGGCUGCUUUUUAACCUUUGAUGACCAUGACUCUGUCGACAAAAUUGUCAUUCAGAAAUACCAUACUGUAAAUGGCCACAACUGUGAAGUAAGGAAAGCCCUAUCUAAGCAAGAGAUGGCUAGUGCUUCAUCCAGCCAAAGAGGUCGAAGUGGUUCUGGAAACUUCAGAGGUGGUGGUGGAGGUGGAUUUGGUGGGAAUGACAACUUUGGUCGUGGAGGAAACUUCAGUGGUCGAGGUGGCUUUGGUGGUAGCUGUGGUGGUGGUGGAUAUGGUGGCAGUGGGGAUGACUAUAAUGGAUUUGGUAAUGAUGGAAGCAACUUUGGAGGUGGUGGAAGCUACAAUGAUUUUGGCAAUUACAACAAUCAAUCUUCAAAUUUUGGACCCAUGAAAGGAGGAAACUUUGGAGGCAGAAGCUCUGGCCCCUAUGGUGGUAGAGGCCAAUACUUUGCCAAACCAUGAAACCAAGGUGGCUAUGGUGGUUCCAGCAGCAGCAGAGGCUAUGGCAGUGGCAGAAGGUUUUAAUUAUGCCAGGAAACAAAGCUUAGCAGGAGAGGAGGGCCAGAGAAGUGACAGGGAAGCUACAGGUUACAACAGAUUUGUGAACUCAGCCAAGCACAGUGGUGGCAGGGCCUAGCUGCUACAAAGAAGACAUGUUUUAGUCAAUACUCAUGU